AUGAAGACCCAACACAUAGCCCUGCCGAGUCUCCAGGCCGCGUCCGUCGCCUUCUUCGCCGCGCGCGGCGCCGAGGCCAGGAGGGUCUUCUGCGCCAACGCGAACAACGAGGUCGUCGCCGACGUCAACUGCGACGGCUCGCAGCCCGCCGGGGCCUUCUUCCGGAUCGGCAGCGACGUCGAGGUGCCGUCCGUCGGCAGCGCCAUCGACCCGGCGACGCAGAAGUACGACGCCGCGGACGUGAUCGGCCGCCAGAACGCCCGGUUCCCGCCGCCCGAGUUCAUCUCCGGCGGGUUCGGGAAGCGGCAGCUGUGCGAGAGCGACGACGCCAAGAAGAAGAAAAAACAGCCCGGCCCCGUCGCCGGCGGCGGCAGUAGGUCGGGCGGCGGCAGGUCGGGCGGCAGAAAGUCGGGCGGCAGGUCAGGCGGCGGCAGGUCAGGCGGUUGA